AUGAAGUGUCAUCAUUAUUAUUAUUAUUAUUAUUAUAAAGACAAAAACGUCUUCACUGUUCGAUUGGUUCUUCGUUCGGCCCCGACGACGAUGCCCGGCGAUGUCAGCAAAAAGAGUAAAGAAGAAAAACAAGAGCAGAAUGUCCAAGAAAGUCUUUGUUGUCCAAUGUGCCGAUGUCGAAUUUCUUCUUGGGUCCGACGUCAGGCCAGACUAAAUAACCUGGUCAACCAGGAAAGGUGGAAACAAAUUAAAACUUUAUUCCCAGAAAAAGUACGACUGAGACUCGAAGGAUAUGAAGAUGAUCCGAAUGAAGAUGAAGAAGUAUUUCAUCCUCCUGCUCCACGUUUGGCAGAACCUGGGGAAAUCCGCGAAGAAUAUGAGAGGGCUCUUCAAAAGCUUGCUGAAGAACGUGAUGCAGAGAGACGACGUGAAGAGGAGGCAAGUGCAGCUUUGUUGCGAACUCUACAAGAUGAGGAGAAGCGUAUGAAGGAAGAAAUGAAGAAACUAGAGUCUCAGUUGAAGAAAGACGAAGAGCUGGCCAGAAUUUUAGAGACUGCAGGAACACCAGCACUUCGCCAAAAGGUUGAAGAGGAGGCAAAAAAUGACAAACAGAAUAUCCAAUUGUUGUUAACAAAACUACAUGAAAACGAAUCAGUUGCUCUGUCUACCAAUAACAAGUCGUCGUCGUCUUCUUCUUCGACUCCUCAUGAUAUUUCAGGUAGCACUGAUAAUCGUAAUUACAAGAGAAAAUCAUCACCAGUAUCUCCCAGCCAAAGCAAACAGCCUCGAUUAAUUCAGGUCACUCCACGUCAGCCUAUCCGAAAAAGUUCUGAGGCUCAUGUACGCAGCCCGUCCCCCAUUUCUGGAAAUGGUAUUACUCACAAGAACAAGCAAAAAUCAAAACUAAACAUUGUUGACCAUUUUGAGAAAUUAAAGUCAUUCCAGUCGGUUGGGCAGUCCAGUCCCAAUAAUAUUUCUGCCUCUCGCACCGACUCAUUCACUUCUAACUGUAAAGAGAGCCAGUCACUCAACAGUGAAGCAACAACAAUAUACAAAGAUUCCACCAACAUUAUUGCUACAGGUACUUCCAAUAAACUUGGCCGAAAGAUACUUUUUGAAAAAAAACUGAACUUUGAUAAGUGCGACUCCAAAAGCAGAGUAUCCAAGUCGAGAACAAAAAGUAACCUCAGAUCUUCCCCGUCAGCCUGUAACGGCACUAAAUUGGAUAUGUAUUUCAGACAGAAAGAAAAGAGAGGAUGUGAAGUUUAUAUGGCUGGAGAAGGUAGCCGAAGUUCAGAAGAGAAAGACCGUCUUUUUGCAUUGGCACUACAAAAGCAAUACGAUAUGGAACUAAAGAUGUCGAGGCAGGUGAACCGGGCCAAAGGUACUUCAGAUGAGUAUAAACUGCGUCAGAAAACAGUGACUGAGGAAAAAAUGGAAGAGGUGACCGAUAAGUCUGAAAGUAAAUCAUUGCCUAACAAAACACAGAAAAAAAUCAAAACUUGA